AUGGUGAACGCAACGGCACGGCCGGCGUGCACGGUGGAGGUUGAUCCCUCGGAUGCUGAGUCCUCCCUUGGCGACGAGGUGUCGACAUCCAGCACGUCGAUAACAUCCAGCAUUCUGCGCUACGAAUGGAAACAUGGCCGCCGGUACCACUCCUACCAGGCCGGUACAUAUAACUUCCCAAACGACGAGCAAGAACAGGACCGACUAGACAUGAUCCACCACGUGUACUACCGCGUGCUGAACGACCGUCUUUUCUUGGCGCCAAUUGACCCUGACCAGGGUCUACGAGUCCUGGAUAUCGGUACUGGCACCGGAAUAUGGUCCGUUGAUCUAGGCGACCAGCACCCCGGCGCAAGUCUGAUCAUGGGGAUUGACCUCAGCCCUAUUCAGCCAUUGUGGGUGCCACCAAAUGUCAAGUUUAUCAUCGAUGAUAUCGAGCUAGACUGGAAUGAGUCCCAGCCAUAUGAUUAUAUUCACUGUCGGUAUAUGGCGGGCUCGAUCAAGGACUGGCCUCGGCUUAUACGGCAGUGUUAUGAAAACCUCAAACCGGGUGGAUGGCUGGAGCUGCAGGAAUCAGCGAAUACAUUAUAUUCCGAGGACAACAGUUUAAAACCAGACAAUGCCAUGGUCACGAUGAUGAAUGGAUUGAUGGAAGCAUGCGAAAAGAUUGGCCGUACCAUGGACCCAGCGCCGUCAAUGAAAGAGUGGGUUCAGGACGCUGGAUUUGAAAAAGUCAAACAAGAGAUCUUUAAACUACCUAUUGGUAGUUGGCCCAAAGAUCCCAGAUUGAAGGAGAUUGGCACGCUGUUAGGUGUAAAUUUUGUUGAAGGCGUUGAGGCAUUCACGGCAGCACCUUUUAAGGAUAUUUUGGGCUGGUCAGAGGAGGAGGUGCAGAUUUUGAAUGCGAAUGUGAGAAGCGCUAUUCGACGGAGGGAUGCCCAUCCGUUAUUCGAUUUCAUUGUAAUUACCGCGCAGAAGCCAGAGUGA